AUGGCGGGAUAUUACCUCCUGUCUCAGAUCCUUAGCGUAGCCAGGGUUCAUCCGUUUUACUCUGAUGCCGAAUGGGCCCCGACACGCGAAAGAUUAACUGACAUCCUUGCAAACUCCGAUGAUCACCCCGGUGGUAUCCAUUUGCAUUCCUUCCCACCCACAGAGAAGUCUAAAUUAUACAAGCAUAUUGCUCGGCUUACCGCGGAUACUAAUCCCCAGAAUGGUUAUCGACAAAAUACUUAUAUUAGCACCACCGGGGGUGGGUCGGGCGGUGCCCCGAUGGUGUUUGCCACGGACUCCUUGGAGAAUCGUCAACAGCGCGCUGCGAUAGGGGCAUUAAUGCGGGCCUGUCAAAUUAUUGAGCCAGGUGACUGGGCUCUAACCAUGCAUGUCUCCGGACAUUUCUAUCGAGCCCUUGAUCUUGUAACAGAGCUGCUUGAAGCCGCGGGAGCCUCUGUUUUAUGUGCUGGGGCCGAAAUGGCAAUGGAAGCAGUCGUCGACGCGCUGAGCCAGUAUCGUGUCAAUGUGGUGGCUGGCGAUGCAGGGCAAUUAGUCCAGUUAGUCAGAUAUAUUGACACGCUGCCUGUUGACCAGAAAGCGUCUCUCCAAAUCCGGAAGGUUAUCUAUACAUCCGAGCCUAUGACACCCGCACAAAAGAAUCUUAUCAAGUCGGUGCUCGGGGAGGUUACCAUCUACUCGGUUAUUGGGAGCGCAGAGGCCGGUCCAUGGGCUGUAUCUAACCCUUUGCUUACCAACCAUAAUACCGAUUCGUCAUCUGCUGACUUUAUCUACGAUACUCGGACGAUGCUUCUCGAGGUCCUGCCCCUAUCCUCCCAAAAUACAGCAGUGAAGAGUUAUUGUCAUGACGGGGAUAUAGAGGAUGCCCCCGACGGCGAAAAAGGAAUACUCCUGCAAACAUCUUUGCAGCGGCUGCGAAAUCCUCUAGUACGGUAUGUCUGUGGGGAUGUCGCGUCUCUUCAUCCGCUGCCUGCGGAAACUCGGACAAGAUUGCCCGCAGAGGAGGCUGAGCACUACCGCAUUGUCCGUAUUUAUGGGCGUGACAAACGGAUCAGCUUCGACUGGUACGGGGAGUACUUUGAGUUUGACACACUUCAAGCACUCAUGCGACAGGCUAGUUGGGGUAUUCUUCAGUGGCAGGUCAUCCUUUGGACCAAGCCGGAAGGAUUAGACAAAUGCUUGGAAGUCCGUCUGUUACGAGCCUCGGUGCCGGAUGGGAAUCUGCUCAGUGAAGCAGAUUUGACUAAAGAAAUCAAGCACUUCUUUAUGGUAUUUGAUUUCAACGAGGAUCUUUUUGAGCUGAGGUUCCUCACUGGUUUAGAUGGGUUCGUUCGCAGUGCAACGGGUAGGAAGGUAGCCAACUUUGUAGAUAAGACUACAUAG